CAGGUGUCAAGAAGCCACAAUGUCGGGUAAAAGCUUCCAGGGACUGAAGGAACAAGCUGAAGGUGCAGCAAAAGAUGCUGCAAACACAUUGGGACAGGCCACUCAGGAUGCAGUCAACCAGAUUACAGAUGCAAGCCAGAAAGCUUUUGACAAGGCUUCCAAGACAGCACAAGAUGGAGUAGAAAAGGUGGCUGGACAGGCUGCAGAAGCAAUGUCUGGCUUUGGGAAAAAAUGUGGAUUUAAAAAAUGAUGCUAAUUCAAGUCAACUGUACUGCUUGUACAAAUCUCUUUGGUCUGCUAUUAGCUACU